AUGGCAAGUCCUAUCAUUGUCCAGGUGGCAGACAAGAUUGCGACCAUCACCUUGGAUCGGCCGCGGACUCUCAAUGCUCUCACUCCUGAAGAUUAUGACAAGCUCGCGAAUUCCCUUCGGGAAAUAGACGCUCGAGACGACGUCUUGGUGACCAUCCUGCAAGGAAAUGGAUCGUGGUUCUGCGCAGGAACAGACGUUAGAGGAUCGGCAGAUGGAGCUGUUCUGAGAGAGGACGGGCCAAAGCAAACUGUCCGAGAUUCUCUCAAAGCCGGCGUAGUGAAUACGACCAUGGAUGUUGGUCAGGCUCUAUACUCGCACAGAAAGAUAUUGGUCGCUGCGCUGAACGGACCUGUCAUGGGUAUUAUGGCCGCCUUCCUCGGGUACUUUGACUUCAUUUAUGCACUCCCAAGCGUGUGGCUGUCCUGCCCCUUUACCUUCAUCGGUAUCGUUGCGGAAGGUGGUGCAAGUGUAUCAUUUGUCAAUCGAAUGGGACUGGGCAUGGCGAAAGAGGUGUUGAUCUGGGGAAAGAAGAAGAACGCACAGCAAUUACUCGACGUUGGUUUCAUCAACAAAAUCUUCCCCACAGAGUCGACCGAGAGCUUCCACCGAACUGUUCGACAGGAGGUUUUGAAUGAACUUGAAGGGUUGGACCCUAGCGCCGUUUUGACGAUGAAGGCCUUGAUCCAGGCUGGUUUGAAUGAAAAGAAUAAUAUGGAUGGCGUUAAUUUGAGAGAAAGCUACGCCCAAGCAGCCCGCUUUGCAACUGGAAUUCCGGCGAAGCAAUUUGGAAGGAUUGCCAGGAAGGAAAUCAAACAUAAGCUUUGA